GUAACUGUUACUGUGUUAAGGAACCUGUUAAAUUAUUGUGACUUAGUUUUCAGACUUCUAUAACUGUGCAAUGAUUUCCGAUCUAAAACUCAGCAAGAAGGUUACAAAUGCAACGGCAAGACUUGUUAAAAGUUUAACAUGCUAUGAAGAAGGAGGCAGAAAUCAUGAUGCUUGUAAAGCGUUUGCAUUGUCCAGGUUCCAGCAUCAUAGCUUUCUUGAUGUUAACGAAUGCAAGGUAGAACGUUGGAUUGAUGGGAUGUGUGAAAAAUUUCUGAUUAAUUCACAACCGCGUAAAGCAGAACUUCUUAAAAACCUCAAGGUGUCAUUUUCUGAAUCGAACAUUUGUGAGUCAUCUGGCACUGGAAGUCGAAUACAUUACUGUCUUCUGUCAAUAUUGUUGAAUUUAUCAGAAAACCCUGUCAACACAGAUUACGUUCAACUAAAUUCUCCACAAAAACAAGACUGUGGGUUGUUUGACUGGCCCAAAUAUUUAUUACAAGGGGAAGAACUUCCAUAUCCGACACAGUGGGCUUGGGAUGAUACCCCACCAACUUCUGAGGAUGAAGAACUAAUUUUACAUGAUGUCCUGCACAGAAAUGAUACAACACUCAAUACCUCAAUAACCUUAAAGUCCAAAGAAAAUAAAAUUAAGAACAUUAAUAAACUACAGGUAUGUUGCGAAUUAGUACCAGAAUAUUGGAAAGCUAACAAAACUAGUAUACACUGUGAUUUGGAAAGUUUCCGCAAACUAUCAGAAUCUGAUAUUAAAGAAGUUUACAUACUCAGAGAAGUUUUGUGGCUUCUGAGUGGGGAGCAAAAUCUUCAUGUUUUUCCAUUUGUAAAUGGCAAACACGUUCCAAAUGCAGAAAUUAAAACUAAUCAUGCUACUCCAACAUCAUAUUUGACUGCUUUGUUAAAGAUCGCGAGGUAUGGUGACAUAGUGCGGAAUAUCAUCAAUUUCACAUUCACCACAUCACAACAGGAGUGUCAAACCUAUCAAGCAUUCUCAGAAUCUCUUCUAAAUUUCAUGAAAUCAUUCCGUGCCGACUUAAUGAGCCUGCAGCGGCGUAUCUUUCUUCAUGAGGAAACUUUAUUGUUAGGAAAUGUUAUAAAAAUUCUCUCUCCUCGGUUACAUGAACUUUCAGUAAUUCAUGAUGUUUUGCAAAACAGUGUCUCUCUAGACAAACCCAGCGAUUCUAAUGCUAAAAAAUCAUCUCGCUUAUUGGGGACUUUGUAUAAUAGCAUAUUGGAUCAAUCUGAUUGUCUUACAAAAUCUUUGAAGCAGUCGCAAUUAUGGAAUGUUCUCAUUCAACUUUGGGCAGAUGCUCUUUGUCCUUAUUUUGAUAUGAUGGAUGAAUGGAUGUCUCAUGGAUCCCUUAUUGACCCUUACUAUGAAUUUAUAGUACAACGCUCACCUAUUUGUCACGAUGUCAAGUCUGAAGCUUUUUGGAAUGAUGCAUUUAUUUUGGCAUCAGAAGAUUGUAUGAAACAUUUAUCAUGGUUGCGUAGUGUUCUGCACAAUGUUAUUGUUGCAGGUAAAUCAAUGGAGGUAUUGCUUGCCUUAGGAAAAGUUGAGAAAAAUGAAUCUAAAUUAAGUUUUCAUGAUGCAUUUAUUCAUAGUAUGUCUACAAGCGUGAAUACAAUUACCAAAAAUCCCCAAAAGGAAAAUCUGUUUGAAGGAAAGAGUGCAUGUGAUAGCAUGUUACUGUUGAAUUUUAAAAGGUUGUUUGAAGAUUCAGAUAUGCCUGAUGUUGGAUUUAAUGCAACUGCAACAAAUGUUGACAAGCAAAUACAUGUCCCCACCAUAAUUCAAAGUUCACUUCAUAAUUUGGUUAAAGUUAAGUCUCAAACUGCUGAUCAAGCCUUGCUGCAAAUGUUUUUAAAUCAGUACAAACUUAUUUUCAAUAUUGAAUGCUUUCAUAAAUUUUACCUAAUGGAAUGGGGUGAUGUUAUAUUUGACUUCACUUCAACCAUUUUUCGAAAAAUGAGUUCUGGUGAAUAUUGGGAAGACAUUAUGAGUCUGAGAGCAUCUCUUCAGGAGGCAAUAUCCGACAGAGAUCCCGAAGCUGCUCUUCCUUUUAUAACAGUGACUUUGAAUAGAUCAAAACAUGCUACAAAUAAUGCCUAUAAUUUGAUUCAGGCGACAGAUAUUAUAGAGUUGUAUUUUGAUAUCAACUGGCCACUAAAUGUUAUUUUUACCGACUGGGUCAGAGAAUCCUAUAAUUCAAUAUUUGGAUAUUUGAUGCAGAUGAAACACUGCUUGUUUUGUCUACAAAAUUUGAAGUUUAACACUAUUCAGCCAAAGUCUAAAUCUGAAACCGGGUUCAGUUUGGUAUAUGCUCAUCGGCUUGCCCUACUUCGUUCAAAAAUAUUGCGACUAAUAUUGCAUUGGCAUAAUUUCGUUAUGACGAGUGUAAUCCAAGCAGAAAAAGAGGUAUUUUUCACCCACAUUGGUGCAGCAGACAAUAUUGAUGACAUUAUUAAAGCUCACCACAAAUUCUUGGACCGUGUUAUGACUUUGUGUCUUCUACAUGAAAAGAAACAAGCAGAUAAGAUGAUACAAGGAACACUGCGUAAAAUAUUUAAUCUCGCAGUUAUUUUACAUCUAAAGUGGAACAGAGGACUUGAGUCUAUUUCCAUUGAGAGUUUGAAUAAAUAUGAAUCGGAAUACAAGGAAUGCAGUGAUUUCCUUGGUAUUAUUUUACAAAACCUCGUUAGUAGAGGAGCUGUACCAUUGAGUCUUGAAUCUCUGGCUUUUUUUUUGCUGUCAUAAUAAUUUUUAAUAGAAUGUGCUUUCUAUUAUAUCAUUUCUUUAUAGCUUUGAUGGUAGGAUAAUUGAGGUAAAUGUCAAAAUUAAUGAAUACAAAUGUAUUGUACUUUUUUCUUCGAAACACCAUCAAUUGAG